AUGACCAAAGCCCGGGCAUCAGUGAUCAAUUCUCGUGUGUUUAAACCUCAGAAUUAUCAACGGGCAACUGAAGAGCACACUGAGUAUCAAGCAAACGCAACAGCUACACCGCUUCCAAGUUCCACCCAACCAGUGGAUGAUGGCAAGCAUGUGCCUCAAGUCAAUAACCCAGGAAUCACGUUGGAUGGUCAACCAGUGGGUUCAGAAGAGCAAGCGAAAGCUGUUGUGACUACGUAUGGGACGAGUGCAAGCACUGCGGCAUUAAAUACGAACAAGAAGCCAGGACCCAAUCUAGGUGCAAUCGUUCACCAGCAUUACAACGAGAGGCAGCGAUCCUCCAUCAGCGCCGAACGCCUAAGAGACGACCCCAGAACAUUUGAAGAGUUCUCUAGUGCACAUAGUCACUUGACAAAUGGAGGAGAGGUUUCCAACAAUCUUGGAGACGGCACCCAUAAUCAGAUCAUCACGUCGGCUCCGCCGCCUUCACCCAAUAAUCAGCAGACUGAAAAUAAUGGCUCGGCCCCAAACCCUCCCGUUGUGGCCUCUACACAACACCACCGAGCAACAAACCCUGACACAAACAAACCAAAAGCAGCGACUUUGUGA